AUUGGUUUAUAUUGGUAUUGAACGUUUUUUUGUUAGACAAUAGUGUUAUUAUAAGAGUAGGGAGCAUCCAGAGCCACUGCAAGACGCUGUAUACGAAGGAAGAUGGACUUAUCUAAUUUGUCGACGGACCUACCUCCAACCAAACCAAUUGAUGAAACCUCCAUUAAUGAAUUGAAUAGAGAACUAACUACCGAGUUCAAGAAUGCAGCCAAGUCGGUGGCAUCGUUGUAUAACUCAUCAAUUCUGACGGGCAAUAAGGAUACGAAACACCAGAAGAUGGAGUUUGCCAAUGCUGCCAAAUCAGUUGCUACUUUGUAUCGACUUUCAAAUAAUUCUAAUAAUGUUUUUUUAAAUAAGGGAUACCUAGAAUGCUUAGAUGAUUUAUUGAAUAAUAUAAGUAAUGGAGAGGAUAUUGAGAACUGGGCAUUAACCAAAAGAGCUGAGAUCAUUAAUAUGAAUAAAAAUAACUUGAUCUCUAGCUCAACAACAGAACCAAUAUCUAAUGAGGUGACAUCAAACAAUGAGAUAGCAUCAACUGAAUCGGAUGCUUUUAAUAUCCCCACCGAUUACGAUUUUGCAUUAAGUCAAGAUUUUUCCACUAGCUACCGUUUUAGACCAAGUUUUCCUGCAUUAUCGGUUACCCAUGGGCAUAAAUUUAGAAAUAACUUGAAGAAAAAUAAAAAAAAUGAUUCAUUCAAGAAGAAAUACCGAUUACAAAAUGAACGAAACUGCUCACUGGAAGAAUCAACUGGCCUGUCGGAUUACGAAACUGAUCGUGAUUCGGAAGAUUUGAAUACAAAGAAAAAUCUUGACGGCGGCAUUGCUAAAAAGAAAAGAAAACUUUUAUCCGGUAAUCUGAUGAAAACAGAGUAUAUCUCUGAAGAUAAAGAACAUCAUGAUGACGAGAUUAAUUAAUCAUCAUCUUAUUUUCAUUUCAAACUUGUUUUAUUUGCAUACUUAUAUUUAUUCAUGAAUCUCUUUCCUUAUAGUUAUGAUGUUAAUGGUUAUUUUUGUUGGCUC